UAGCUGGAGGGGACAGACAAAACAGGAUGUUGCAUCGACUUCCUCCCAUAGUACCCCAGUAAAUGGACAGUUGAGGAAACAGGACUUGGCAAGACGGAUACUACCGAUGGGUUAGAGGUAUAGGCGCGCAUCUAUUUGCACAUCUCCCCCUUACCCCAGGGCAAUAUGUGAGGUGGAAUCGUUGCAUCCCCCCCUUCGCUAGAGGAAGUAAGGUUGUUUUUAAAUUGUUUAUCCUCGAUAUGAUUGUUUCAGUUCUCGGAAGAUAAGCGAACCAUCGUUUAGAAGAAAGGACGCCUUUUCUCUCUCGCAUUGCGUCAGGCGGCUUCCUGAUUUGCUGAGUUGGAAUCAAAAAAUUGACUUGUUGGAAGGCGUGGAGAGGAGAACAUGGAGUGUACGUCCACACCCGAACCGGCUUACUUAACAUUACCUGGUUGGAGAUGCGUUCCGGUGUAUGCAAUGCCCUUCUCGCCUACGGAUCGAUUGGGUGAUGGAACGUCGAACCCGUACUUAGAUGCCAGUACUUUACUACCUUCUUCCCUACCAAAUGACCCGAGACAAUGGAGUCGUCAGAAUGUAUAUAACUGGUUGGAGUGGUGUGUCGAACAGUUAUCCCUUCCCACCGUCGAUACCGAGCAGUUUCACAUGAACGGGAAGGCACUCUGUCUGUUAAAAAAGUCAGACUUUCAGGAGAGGGCACCCAGAGCGGGUGAUGUGUUGUAUAACUGCAUACAGCUACUACUUCAUAAAUGUGUCAAAAAUGGCAACAACAAUACCAACGGAAUCUGCACGCCAAAUAUAUCUCUCACAAUGCUACAAGAGGGAAUGCAAGAUAAAAAUCCUUCUGCCACUCUGUGGCCGAGAUCGGUGAGCAGCGACUUCCACAGCGUUGGUCAUGUGGUGCACGAAAACAUUCAAAUGAACAAUCGCAUCAAUCACAUAAAUACGGACGUAGACAGCACCACCAUCGCCAGUCCCACACCCAGCAGCGAAUCUGAGAUGUCUCAGGAGAUCCAGAUGCCAAAUGGAAUUCUAAAACAAUCGUCUAAUUGCUCAAACAAGAAUAAUACCAUGUUAUCAAAUAAAAUUGCGGAUACGCCAACAGAUCAAAUAACUACGGAUAAAAUAAAUGUAAGAUUGCUGUGGGACUUCUUACAACAGUUACUUAAUGAUUCGCAGCAGCGUUAUCACCGUUGCAUAAUAUGGAAGGAUAAACGUCGAGGAGUAUUCAAGAUUGUGGAUCCUCACAAGCUUGCCUGUCUCUGGGGAGUGCAGAAGAAUCAUCUAAACAUGAACUUUGACAAAAUGUCGAGAGCUCUCAGGUAUUAUUACAGAGUGAAGAUAUUACAAAAGGAACCUGGAGAAAGACACUGUUACAGAUUUUUACGACAUCCGAACGAACUCCGGCAUUGCAAACAGCGUUCUCUGUUAACGAAAGAUGCAGACAAUGCGGCCGGCGUGCACGUGGAAGAGAGCGACGCGGAAACGGCCUUAGACAUGACGGUCAAGGAGGAAUGUUCAUCUCCCGUAGACAUGGAUUGAUGUCGCUUACCAAAACAACCAUGCGGCUGAUUUUAAAAUGUGAUAUCAGGGCAUUGUAUAAAGUUUAUAUACAUAAAUAUCUUAAUUCUGCAAUGCAGAAUUUGAUUUUAUCGUGGCAAAUUAAGAUUUUGGAGAUCGAAAUGCAAACGGUAAUUCGACAUUCAGCGUAAAUGUUUGCAUCCAAUCUUCCAAUUCUUUUACCACAUUUUAUUAUAUUUUAAUUACUAAUUUUAAUAACAGUAGUGAUGCGAGAUAUUGUUAAUGGAUAAAUCAAAAAAAAGGUAUGAAGUUGAGAACUUUUAUACAUGAAAUUUAAUUUUUUACAUGUUUUUAGGCAAUAGAAUAACAUCAAAAUUAUCAAUCAAAACAUCGUCUCGAUAAUUUAUUCUUUACAAAACUGUUCUUUGUUUUAGAAAUUAUAUUGCUAUAUAUCUUAUAUACGGUGUGUAGACACACACACAUUGUACCAGUCAUUGUCUUCUUCUGUUACACGAUAACUAAAUUCAAUUGUACUAGACUGUAGGUAAUCAGUAAUCUGUCGGUUUGCAUGCUAAAAAUUUCUGUUUCUCCUUUCCAUGGGAGUGAAUUCUAUUUCGGAUCCUAUGAAAGAUAAUGGCGUAGUUUAAAUUAUAAAGUUGUAGGGUGUUUCAAUCAGUACUAAACUUUGUGAGGCCCCUCUAAGUGACCCUCACAGUUAUACAGAUAAGCAAUACCUGGUUUCACUGUUUAUUUUUUUGAUGGUGUCCAUCUCUCUCCAUUUGAGUGCAUCUUUGUAAUUUAAACUACACUUUUACCUUUCGUAGGAUGCAAUAUAAACUUUGCCCCCAUGUGAAUGGGGUUCAGAAUUUGUGGCAUCCCAACUAAUGAAUUGAUUUUUCUAUACUCCAGGGCAGUUGCAUUUAGUGAUGUAACACAAGUAAGACAUAGCCUGGUGUAGUGCGUUGCUACAUUCUGUAUAUAUACAUAUACACCACACACACACACACACAUAUAUAUAUAUAUAAUAUGGAAAGGAUCUGAUUCCAUAAAUGUUAAUUUUGUAUUACACAAAAUGUGAUUUUGUAUAAUUAUUUUUUAUGAUUUUUUGGUUGUGAAUGUGUCGAAGGCAGCUCGUCCCCCUUCCGCAUCAAUCCAUAAACUAAAUCUAAACCCAAGUGCCUGAAUAUAUAUGUAAUUUUUUGUCCGGUUUUAAACUUGUGAACGUAUCAAGGUUGAAGUCUGCAGAUCUUUCGGAGUGUCAGCAACGCACUUUCUCACGGCGACAAGAUUUGGCAAACGUACGUCGAGUCGGCUUUGUUAUAUCCGAGAUUAUCCUAAGUGUCUUGAUUGUUUGAAGUGUAUAUAAUCGAGGAACAAAGUCCUCGCUUUUAAAACCCAGUGGAUCCAGGCAGCUGAAUGCAUCAAAUGUAAAAAUUCAAGUUGUGAUCUAAUCCCUCAGAAUAGAUUUACUUCUAAAGCAGCUUCCUUUACUUCUUCUGAUCUCAUUGUUGGCGAGUUGUUUUCAAAAUUCAAAAUUUCAAAAGAGUCGCUACAUUUGCGGUUGCAUUCCAUUGUUAAUGGAAAAGAAGUGUUUAUUGAACAAGUUACUGCUCAAAAGUUUGUAUUAUAUGCUGUAUAUGUGAACAUGAGAAGAAUAAUAAAUGUUUGCAAUUAUUUAAUGUGGCUGUUUUUAUUCAUCCGUGCUUAGUUUCACUUCACUUUACUUAAAGAUACUAACUCAAUGAAAUCAAAUUUGUACAAAUAGCCUAGUUUUACAUACGUAAAGUAGACUUUGGUAUGUACUGAGUGGAACGUAUGGCCUGGAAAAUACAUCUUGAACAGUUUAUUAGGAACAAGUAGUGUUUGAGAGUUUGAUACAGAGUUAGUUGCCAUAUACUGUACAUCCAAGCGUGGUAUUUGGUUCCAGAGUGAUAAUUCUGGAUGGACCAGAAAGGCUGGAAGUGAUACUAAAAGGUUCAGAUAGGCUCCGAUUUUAAACCCCUUUGUAACACAAGGAGCAACUAAAGAUAAAGUUUGUCUCCAAUAGAGAAACUGCAGAUUCUUCAGGAGCAUAUCGGAUUAGGUUUAUUUGUUUUAUGGCAACAUGACACAUGGGUGAUCUGUUAAGAGGGGAAACCUCCUAAGAGGACUUUCCAUACAAAAAUGCUCCUGUUUAGGAGAAGAAAAUCCAGAAAACUCCAUGUGGUAAGCCAUUGAUGAGGUGCCAACCCACAAAAA